CAAUCCACUGCCCCCGAGGCAUCCCGUAAAAUUAGUGGAAAAAUCAAAACAAGAAAUAGAAUUAUAUAUAGAAACGCGCUCCGCGAUUGAAAUAAGUGAAAUAGACAAUUGGAUAUAUACAAACCAUAAAGUAGUGUUUUUUACACCAACAAAGAGUCGUCAAAUUCGGCGCAGUGUGUUCUUUCUGCGACCGUCUUAUAUAAGGCGUUGCUGAAGAACCCGGAAAUCGGCCGAACCUCGAAUGGAUUCGGAAAAAGUGGUCCGCGCAAUGGCUCGUUGGUGGCAGACUGUUAGUCAAGAGGACGGGGACUCACGCAAUCCAAUAACCUACGAUCUUCUGCAAGAAAGCGAAUCGAGGACUUCGAAGACCCGGCAAUAUGUGGCGGCUAUGAUAAUUUGUUUGGGUGCGGUUGCUGCAGGAACUGCGUUAUCCUGGACGGCUCCUGUUUUUCCGCAGAUUUCUGCCAGAAACGAGACCAUUAACCAAAGCAGUUUGAAUUCCAGUACUGGAGAUAUUUCCAAUUCGACCUCCACCAAGGACGACUUUCGACUGACCGAAUCGCAAAAAACAUGGGUGGGUGCCAUGUUGCCCUUGGGCGCCCUUUUCGGAGCCCUGCCCUCCGGAUAUAUUGCCGAUACGAUCGGGCGACGUUAUACUGCCAUGGUCAUGGACAUUCCCUUUAUCUUGGCAUGGAUCUCGAUCAGUUUCGCCAAUUCCGUCGGCUGGCUUUACUUGGGAAGAUUUUUAAUCGGUAUCUCAACUGGCAGCUUCUGCGUGGUGGCUCCCAUGUACAUUUCGGAAAUCGCAGAGACCAGCAUUCGUGGCAGUCUAGGCACAUUGUUUCAGUUGCUCCUUACGAUCGGUAUCCUGUUCAUUUACGUGGCAGGAGCUUUGGUCUCAUGGAAAACCCUGAGCAUGCUUUGCCUAGUCAUACCCAUCCUGCUCCUCUUCGGCCUGUUUAUCGUACCAGAAACUCCAGUAUAUCUACUUAAAAGGGGUAAGCGCUCCGAGGCCAAUCGCGCACUAAAAUGGCUGUGGGGAGAUUACUGUAACACCAGUAACGCCAUCCAGGCAAUCCAAAACGACUUGGACCAGAAUGGAGCGGAUGCUUCCUUAAAGGAUUUGUUCAGCAACCGCGCCUCACGGAACGGUAUGGUGAUUUCUGUGCUGUUGAUGGUAUUCCAGCAGUUCUCCGGCAUCAACGCCGUGAUCUUCUUCAUGAACGAGAUCUUUGAGUCAAGCAGCCAACUGAAUCCUGCCGUCUGCACCAUAGUGGUGGGAGUGGUGCAGGUGAUCAUGACCCUGACCUCCUCCCUGCUGAUCGAAAAGGCCGGCCGCAAGAUCCUGCUGAUCUUCAGCAGUACGACUAUGACAGUCUGCCUGGCCAUGCUGGGUGCUUAUAAUACGAUCCAGAGACACACCGAUUUAUCUGAGUCCAUUGGCUGGUUGCCCCUGCUUUGCAUAGUGCUGUUCAUCGUGAGCUUCUCGGUGGGCUACGGCCCCAUUCCCUGGAUGAUGAUGGGUGAACUCUUCAUGCCGGACGUAAAGGGCAUCGCCGUCUCCCUGAGUGUCAUGAUGAACUGGGUGUGCGUGUUCCUGGUCACAUGGCUCUUCGGUCUGCUCAAAGCUGCUGGUGCUGAUGUGCCGUUCUGGUUCUUUAGCACCUGGAUGGCGGUAGCCACUGCUUACGUGGCCAUCGCCUUGCAGGAGACGAAAGGCAAGAGUGCCAGCCAAAUCCAAAGCUGGUUGAGCGGGCGCUGAGGAUCACAUGAGGACUCCAUCCCAUAGUUUAUUAUAGCUGAAUGCCAUUGAACUCGUAGUUGAAUAAGAAGCCAACGCCAAAAGGGUUUGUCACUAUUGCAAUUAUACUUUUGAAUACUUUCUAUAUUUCAUUUCUAUUUACAACAAUUUACAAGCCAUUGAACCUAAACCCAUCGAAAGCCAAGAUAUGUAAUAUUUUUUUAAUGUUAAUACAAUUUGCUUCAGAAUUAAGACGAUAAUGCGCUAAAUGCACAACUUAACUUAUUGAUGUUCCCACAAUGUUCAGUUAAUAUAGAUCAACUAGUUUCUAAGUACCCAUUGUCACCCGAAAAUAUCCAUAUAAGAUUCGAUGGACUUCCACCCUAUGUGCGUGCUCUCCUUUUUGUAUAAACCUCCUUCUGUAUUUAAACAUACUUAAGGAUUGCAAAGACAUAUAACUGAAUUUAUACUUUCGUGUGCUAGUUUUAACUAAUGUACAUAUAUUUGAUAAUAAAAAAAAACUGUACAGCAA